UUUGGUUAAUUUUUUACUAUCAACAUACGGUCGACCGCGUGUAUUAUUGUGUUUUGUUUUGUACUACUACGAUUCUAAAACAGGAAAUGGGUUCCAUUAAAAAAUGAAUUUAUGGUUCACGGAUCGUCCAAUCAUUCAUAAUGGAGGAAAUCAAUAAUAUCAACAUUAAUUCUCAUUAAUAAAAUACAAUUUUCGGAAAAUCUAUUAAGAAAAAUGAAGAAAAACGUUUGGAAAUUAAGUACACCAGAUCAAUCUGGUAAUGGUUUCUUACAACAGAAUGGUUCAUCACCAACCGCUGUUGAUUUUGAAUCAACAAAUAAUCUAUCUGGUGAAACUGUACCAUUAGCAGCCCAAACUGUGGUGCAUUUAGGUGGUACUGGUGCUGUUUUAUAUCAACCUCCACGUCCACCCACCAACACCAAUAAUACUGGAUCAACAACAAUCACAUCGACAACACCACUAACAACAACAAUUACACCAACGCCAACAAUAAUAACACCAAUUUGUACAAAUAAACGUUCAACAAAUAGUUCCAAUAAUAAUACAAAUAGUCAUACAAAAUUAUUAUAUUAUUUUAAUACACGAGAAUGGUGUUUAAUGAUUACGAUAUUUUUAUUAUCAUUUUUAUUGAUUUUGUGUAUAUCAGCAUUAACUGCUUCAACAUAUUCAUGUAAUGGACGAACUAAAAAUGGUGCUUUAAGUAGACCAGUGUGUCUGACGCAAGAAUGUGUUAGAACAGCAUCAUCACUAUUAUCAGCAAUGGAUCACAGUGCUGAUCCGUGUGUAGAUUUUUUUCAAUUUGCAUGUGGUACAUGGAAUAAAAAGCAUAUGAUACCAGAAGAUAGAAGUUCGAUAAGUACAUUCGAAGUAUUAGCUGAUCAAUUACAAGUAUUAUUAAAAGGCGUGUUGGAAGAACCAAUUGAUUAUGAAAAAGAUAAUUCCGCAACGAUCAAAGCGAAAAUGUUUUAUAAAUCGUGUAUGGAUAUACCACAAAUCAGGAAAUUAGGUGACGAACCAUUACGUCAAGUGUUAUCAUCAUUAGGCGGUUGGCCGGUAAUUACAAAAAAUUGGACAAUACCAGAUUUUUCAUGGGAAACAUUAUUAGGACGUUUACGUCGUGAAUAUAAUGAAGGUAUUUUAAUUGAAGAAUGGGUUGGUCCAGAUGAUAAAAAUUCCUCGGUGAACAUCAUCCAGUUAGAUCAAAUGCAAUUAGCAUUGCCAAGUCGUGAUUACUAUUUGAAGACAAGCAGUGAAGGUGAUAUGGAGGCCUAUCAUAAAUAUAUGACGCAAGUUGCCAUAUUACUUGGUGCAAAUGCAACAUUAGCCAAGGAGGAUUUACGUGAUGUUGUGGAAUUUGAACGGCGAUUGGCAAAUGCAUCUUUACCAGAAGCAGAUCGUCAUGACACAAGUGCUAUUUAUAAAAAGUUAAGUGUAGCACAAUUACAAAAAGCUGUACCACAAUUGAAAUGGCUUGAUUAUUUUAAUGCUCUAAUGGAUACGGAAAUCACAAAUGAUGAACCCGUUGUUGCUUAUGCCAUGACCUACUUCACAGAAAUGGGGCGUAUUCUUGGUGAAACUGACCGAAGAGUAAUCCACAAUUAUAUAAUAUGGCGAUUAGUAAUGAAUGUAAUGCCACAUAUGAUUGAUGAAUAUCAACAUGUUCGAGUAGAAUUUCGAAAAAUUCUCUUAGGCAUCCUGAGUGAUCGUAAUCGAUGGGCACAAUGUGUUGAAGUGACGAAUAAAAAAAUGGGUAUGGCUGUUGGGGCAUUAUUUAUUCGCGAUAAUUUCAAUCAUGAAAGUAAAGUAACAGCUUUAGAAAUGAUACAUACAAUUCGUGAAGCUUUCAAUGAACUUUUAGCUGAAAAUGUUUGGAUGGAUGAUGAAACACGUGCUGUUGCUAAAGCUAAAGCUGAUGCAAUGAAUGAGCGUAUUGGUUAUCCAGAAUUAUUAACUGCAACAAAAGAAUUAGAAGCUGAAUAUGUUACAUUAAACGUAACCAAUUCGCAUUUUUUAUUAAAUAUUUUUAAUGUAUUACGCUACGAUGCAUUUCAAAAUUUAAAAAAAUUACGUCAACCGGUGGACAAAAAUAAAUGGACAACGGAACCAGCUGUUGUGAAUGCAUUUUACAAUCCAAAUAAAAAUGAUAUAGUAUUUCCGGCUGGUAUUUUACAACCAUUAUUCUAUAGCCAACAUUUCCCAAAAUCAUUAAAUUAUGGUGGAAUUGGAGUGGUUAUUGGCCAUGAAAUUACUCAUGGAUUUGAUGAUAAAGGGCGACAAUUUGAUAAAGAUGGAAACAUGAUGCAAUGGUGGAAUAAUGCAACAAUACGAGCUUUCCGUAAUCGUGCCCAAUGUAUAAUUGAUCAAUAUUCAAAAUUUCGAAUCGAAGAAGUGGGUUUAUACGUAAAUGGACGAAUGACACAAGGUGAAAAUAUUGCUGAUAAUGGUGGUUUAAAACAAUCGUUUCGAGCAUAUAAAAAAUGGGAGGCACAACAUGGACCCGAACCGGAUUUACCUGGUUUAAACAUGACACACGAUCAAUUAUUCUUCCUAAAUUAUGCACAAAUAUGGUGUGGAUCAAUGCGACCUGAAGAUGCAUUAACAAAAAUUCGUUCAUCGGUACAUUCACCAGGACCUGUUCGUGUAUUGGGACCAUUAUCAAAUUCAUGGGACUUUGCAAAAGCAUAUAAUUGUCCACUUGGAUCACCAAUGAAUCCAAAACAAAAAUGUAGUGUUUGGUAAAAAAAAAACUAAAUUGUGGAAA